AAAAAUUUACAACUAUGGUGAUAUCAUCUACAAUACCAUAGAUGGUCUGGGAAAUUGCAUUACAGCUGAGUGUGCAGCCAAUGGAACAAUAUCAAGAAGCAUGUACCAAUGCACCAAUACAACAACGGCUAUGCCUUCCACAUCUCCAUUUACAUUUAGCACAGCUCAGACCCCCACACCAGCUGCAUCAAGUACAAAAGGAGCUACAACACAACCAGGGGAAACAACUGAACAAACAACAUAUGCUACUACAACAGUAACUGAAACCAAAACUACAGGAAACCAAACCCAAAGAUCCACAACUGCGUAUGUAGAAAUAACCUUUCCUGGAAAAACAACAGUGGAGAUUGGAACAACAAAACCCUCAGAGGUUGGCACAACAGGCCCAGUGACUGGCUCUGUAACAGAACUUGUUGAGACCACAACUGCAGUACCAGGAAGAACGACAAGAGGCCAAGAAACACCUGUUACCUCUAAACCUUCUACUGUUACUAAAAUCACACCAACACCUUCCAGAACCACUGGCGAAAAAACAACUAAAGCUUAUGUACUAACCAGUGUGGGUACAAAACAGCCUGGUGAGGCUACCACUAGUCAAUUAACAUUCUCUACCACAGCAGUUUAUGAAGCCACAACUUCAGUCCCUGAGGGAACAACCAAACGCAGCGAAAGUACAAUUGUAUCAUCAAAGCCCUCUCUUCUUACAACAACUACAAAAGGCCCAAUCAGCACAACCCAGAGAGCAACAACUGAGUCUGCAGAAACCACCUUUGCAGGAACAACAACAGUGGAGAUUGGAACAACAACACCUUCAAAGGUUGGCACAACAGGCCCAGUGACUGGCUCUGUAACAGAACUUGUUGAGACCACAACUGCAGUACCUGGAAGCACAACAAGAGGCCAAGAAAAACCUGUUACCUCUAAACCUUCUACUGUUACUAAAAUCACACCAACACCUUCCAGAACCACUGGCGAAAAAACAACUAAAGCUUCUGAAGUAACCAGUGUGGGUACAAAACAGCCUGGUGAGGCUACCACUAGUCAAUUAACAUUCUCUACCACAGCAGUUUAUGAAGCCACAACUUCAGUCCCUGAGGGAACAACAAAACGCAGCGAAAGCACAAUUGUAACAUCAAAGCCCUCUCUUCUUACAACAACUACAAAAGGCCCGUUCAGCACAACCCAGAGAGUAACAACUGAAUCUGCAGAAACAACUUUUACAAGUACCACAUUGGGUGUUAUAACGGGACAGUUACACUCAACAAGAGGAGUUACUGAUGCUUUGGUGAAAAACACAACAACCAUAACCACACAAAACCAUUUAAUAGGCACAACCAUUAUCGCACCGUUAACAAAGACACUUCCUGGAACUGCAACAGUUUACCAAACUAGAUCCACUAUCCAGACAACCACAGCAAGGGUCCAUUCAUCUUCACCACAUUCGACAGCAUCGUGCAUGUGUAUUGUUAACGGAACAUCUCAUCAACCCGGGGACCUGUUAUACAAUGUUUCUGAUGGCCUUGGGUGGUGCUACAGUGCAUAUUGCAAUGCAUCUUGUAAAGUUGAAACACAAUCCACCCCUUGUCCAACAUAUAUACCUAGCACUACUGCACAUUCCUCUUCUUCACUGUUCAGCACAACGAAUGCCCCUAUUACAAGCUCAGUACCCCUGACCACAACCAGAGCAGCAUCUACAGCUAUCCAAGUCUGCUAUGAUGGAAAUGUACCCAAACAGAACGGAGAAUCCUGGGUGACUAAGAACUGCAUGACAGCUACUUGCACAGAAGGCGAGAUAACAGUCACACCUGUGGUCUGUCCAAACGUAACACAACCCAUCUGCACCAAUGGGAGGAAACCUGUCAAGAUCUACGAACAGAAUGGAUGUUGCUUUCAUGAAGAGUGUGAAUGUGUUUGCAGUGUCCUGAGUGGAUCCUACUACACUACUUUUGACGGCCAAAUGUACAAUUCCCAACAGAACUGCUCCUGUUACUUGGUUAAGGAGAUUAUUUCUAAAUAUAACCUGACCAUCACAAGAAGCAAUGAGUGUGAUCCUACAGACACCACAUUCUGCCCUCUGGCUCUCACCAUCACCUACCAGUCAUUGGUGAUAGUUUUGACUCAGAUUAAGAGUUCAGGAACACCAACAAAUGUGGUCUAUGUAGACCAGAAACGCAUAUAUCCAGCCUAUAGCAAUUCGGUCCUGCUCCUGUUUGGCACAGAUAUGGAGAUCACUGCAGAGAUACCAAAGAUCAACACAAAAAUCAUUUUUAGGGGCUCCUCCUUCAGCAUCGACCUUCCCUAUUCACUGUUUGAAGGAAACACUGAGGGACAGUGUGGCACUUGUGACAACUCCCCGGCCAAUGACUGCCGUUCUCCAAACGGAAACAUUGAAAGCUGCUCAGAAACUGCAAGACUGUGGACUAUCCCCGGAGCGCCCUGUCCCACUCCCAGCCCCACCUCACCUGUUACCACAGCAACACCUGUAACUUCAUCACAGGGGCCUUUCCCAACCACACAACCCGCCUGCAAACCUGCCAUCUGUGAGCUGCUUAGGAGCAGCCUUUUUGCACCGUGCCACACCUUAAUUUCUCCUGAAUCAUACGUGAAAACCUGCACCUAUGAAAUCUGCAACGGUGGCAACGACACCUGCUCCAGCCUGGAGGCGUAUGCUGCUGAGUGUUCCAGCGUUGGUGUUUGUAUCGACUGGAGGAAUUCCACCGGUGGACUGUGUGAGCAUAGAUGUCCGAGCAACAAAAUUUACAUGGCAUGUGGCCCGUCAGUAGAGCCCACAUGCAAUGACAGAUACAACAGGAAGUUUCAGGCAGAUGCGACAUCAGCUGCUAACGUCACCAAGGAAGGCUGCUUCUGUCCGCCGGACACCACGCGGUUCAACUCUGUGUAUGACACAUGUGUCACUUCCUGCGACUGUGUUGGACCAGAUGGAAAACCCAAACAGCCUGGUGAUACAUGGACAAGUGAAUGCAACACUUGCGAGUGUGACGGCGAUUCGAUGAGUGUCCGCUGCGAGCCUGUGAAGUGCCCCGAGGUCCAGAGCCCCAACUGCAGCGAGCUCGGCCAGCAGCUGAUCAACAAAACAGAAGGCUGCUGCACAACACAGAGCUGUGAAUGUAACUUGAACCUGUGUGCUGCUCCUCCCUCCUGCUCACUGGGCUUCCAGCUGAACGUUGCCAACGGGACCUGCUGCCAGUCCUACGAGUGUGUUCCUAAAGGUGUGUGUGUCUACGACAUGACUGAGUUCAAGCCUGGUGCAAAGAUACCGACACCUCAGCAAGCAUCAGAAGCUCCACUGGAAGAACCAUCAGUAGCCAGAACCUCUGCAGAAACAGUCCUGAAUGGCUCUGAUACUCCUGCACCCUGCCAGGAGUGUUACUGUGGUCCCAAAACAGAUCCCACCACCAAGCUCAACAUCAUCACAUGCACACCGGUGCUCUGCAACACCAGCUGCUCUCAAGGAUUUGAAUAUGAGACCAAGGCAGACGCCUGCUGCGGGACAUGUGUCCAGAAGAGCUGUAUUUUUACGUACGACCAGAAUGUACAUGUUAUUGAGGUCAACAGCACCUUUGUACCUCCUGGUGACAAAUGUUUGCAGUACACAUGUGAGAAGAUCAACGGCCAGAUCGUGAUGAAGGAAACAAAGACCACCUGUCCUCCCUUCGACCCGCUGGACUGCGAACCUGGAACCGAGACAACUGAUGCCAGCGGCUGCUGCAAAACCUGCAAACUGCAGAGCCUCUGUAAGGUGGACAGCAAGCUGACUGUCAUGGAGGUGAACGGCUGUGUGAGCGCUGAGCCAGUUAACGUCACAUCAUGUGCCGGACGCUGCAAAAGCUCAUCUAUAUACUCAGCAGCAGCUAACACGAUGAUGCACCACUGUGAGUGCUGCCAUGAGGCCAAGACCAGCACAAGGCGUCUGGAGCUGACCUGUUCUGAUGGCUCCAAAGUCCAGCACAGCUACACCCAUGUGGAAACCUGCCACUGCAGCAAAGAGGAAUGCCCAAUCAGCAGCACAUCUAAACCCCAGCGCCGCCGGAGACGCUGACCUGUCACAAGCUGACCAUAAAUCAUGCAACCUUUCCAACCUGCUCUUAUGUAUAGUGCAAUGUGCUCUUCUACAGGGUCACUGUUAGAAAUAAAACUCCUUCUGUAUUUCUCUGUCUUACAAAGAAUAAAUAUAUA